AUGACUAACGUUUUCACUUUUGCUCAUAAUGUAAACGUCACCAUGUUAACCAAAGGGGACAAGUCAGGGGCAUUUAGUGCGUCCACAGCUCUGUGCAGACACCACCUCUGUCUGGUUUCAGAACCUUCUCACGCCCUCAGAAGGAGACUCCAACCCCAUGAGCUAUUGCGCCACCUUCCCCAGCCCCCACACCACGAGCCCAAUUUCUGUCUGUGGAUUCACCUGUUCUUGACGUUUCCUGUCAAUGUCAUAACACACUGUGUGUGUCCUUCUGUGUCCGCUUCUUACACUAUUUCUGCUGUCUGUUUUUCAAAUCACAGGAAAUCAACACCCCAUGCUCAGAAGAUUCUACAAGGUUCUAGGUCUGCAAAAAAUGGAGAGGCGGCCCCCAAUCUGAGUGGGGGUAUCCCACGUCCGAUCCCGGGAGCAAGGCAUCUCAUCACCUUCGAAAAAUGUUUGUGCUUUUCUCAUGAUUAUGCUUUUUUUUUUUUUUUAGUUAAAUGA